GACUAUCCAUGCAAGAUGUCAGCUCUGAGGAUUUGGCUAACACAAGCUUUGUUUAUUUUCCUCACUACUGAAUCUAUAGGUCAGAUUGUGGAACCGUGUGGUUAUAUCUACCCCGAAUUUCCAGUUGUGCAGCGUGGCUCAAACUUCACUGCCAUUUGUGUGCUCAAGGAAAAGUGUCUCCAGCAGUACUAUGUGAACGCUAGCUUCAUUGUAUGGAAGACAAACCAUGCUGCUGUUCCCAAGGAGCAGGUCACUGUCAUCAACAGAACCACAUCUAGUGUCACCUUCACAAACAUGGUCCUCCAGAGUGUGCAGCUCACCUGCAACAUCCUGUCAUUCGGGCAGAUCGAGCAGAACGUGUAUGGGACCACCGUCCUUUCAGGCUUCCCCCCAGAUAUACCUACAAAUCUGAGUUGCAUUGUGCAUGAAGGGAAGAAUAUGCUGUGUCAUUGGGACCCAGGAAGGGAGACAUACCUAGAAACAAACUACACUUUGAAAUCGGAGUGGCCAACAGAGAAGUUUGCUGAUUGUCACUCCAAGCGUGGCACCUCGUGCUUGGUUAGCUUUUCUCCUAUCUACUUUGUCAACAUUGAAGUCUGGGUGGAAGCAGAAAACGCCCUCGGGAAGGUCUUAUCAGAGGCUAUCAAUUUCGACCCCGUGGACAAAGUGAAACCCAACCCACCAUAUAAUUUAUCAGUGAGCAACUCAGAGGAAUUAUCCAGUAUAUUAAAGCUAACAUGGAAUAAUUCAGUUCCUUUAAGACUGAAAUCUGACAUUCAAUAUAGGACCAAAGAUGCCUCAGAUUGGAUCCAGGUCCCUCUUGAAGACACAGUGUCUCCCCGCACAUCCUUCACUAUUCAGGACCUUAAACCUUUUACAGAGUAUGUGUUCAGGAUCCGCACCGUCAAGGAAGAUGGCAAAGGCUACUGGAGUGACUGGAGUGAGGAAGCAAGUGGAAUCACAUACGAAGACAGACCAUCCAAUCCACCAAGUUUCUGGUAUAAGAUAAAUCCAUCCCAUACCCAGGAAUCUAGAUCUGCAAGGCUCAUAUGGAAGGAAUUGCCUCUUUCUGAAGCCAAUGGAAAAAUCUUGGAUUAUGAAGUGAUUCUUACACAGUGGAAAUCAUUUUCACAAAAUUACACCACUAAUGGUACAGAAUUGAUAGUAAAUCUCACAAAUAAUCACUAUAUAGCAUCUCUAGCAGCAAGAAAUAUGGUUGGCAAAUCAGAUGCGGCUGUCCUCACCAUCCCCAGCUCGCACUUCAAAGCUUCUCACCCUGUAGUGGAUCUUAAAGCUUUCCCGAAAGAUAAUAAGCUCUGGGUAGAAUGGACUGCUCCACAUAAACCUGUGAAGAAGUACAUUAUCGAGUGGUGUGUGCUGUCAGAUAACUCACCCUGUGUCCCAGACUGGCAGCAAGAAGGUGGUAGUGUGACACAGGCCUACUUAAGAGGAAGCCUCCUGGAGAGCAAAUGCUAUUUGAUCACUGUGACACCGGCGUUUACCAGUGGGCCUGGGAGCUCUGAGUCGGUAAAGGCCUACCUUAAGCAAGCCGCACCUUCUAGAGGACCUACUGUUCGGACAAAGAAAGUGGGGAAAAAUGAGGCUGUCUUAGAAUGGGACCAACUUCCUGUUGAUGACCAGAAUGGAUUUAUUAGAAACUACUCUAUAUCUUAUAGAACCAUUUUUGGAAAUGAAAUUGUUGUGAACGUGGAUUCUUCGCACACGGAGUACACACUGUCCCCUUUGAGUAGCGAUACGUUGUACUUGGUACGAAUGGCAGCGUACACAGAUGAAGGCGGAAAAGACGGCCCAGAGUUCACGUUCACAACACCCAAGUUUGCUCAAGGAGAAAUAGAAGCCAUAGUGGUGCCUGUGUGCUUAGCAUUCCUCUUGACAACUCUGCUGGGCGUCUUGUUCUGCUUUAAUAAGCGAGACCUAAUUAAAAAACAUAUCUGGCCUAAUGUUCCAGAUCCUUCAAAGAGUCAUAUUGCUCAGUGGUCACCUCACACUCCCCCAAGGCACAAUUUUAGCUCCAAAGAUCAAAUGUAUUCAGAUGGCAAUUUCACUGAUGUGAGCGUUGUGGAAAUAGAAGCAGACAACAGAAAGCCAUGUCCAGAUGACCUGAAGUCAUUGGACCUGUUCAAGAAGGAAAAAAUAAGCACAGAAGGCCACAGCAGUGGCAUCGGGGGGUCCUCAUGCCUGUCGUCUUCCAGGCCCAGCAUCUCCAGCAGCGAGGAGACCGAGUGUGCGCAGAACACGGCCAGUACUGUCCAGUACUCCACUGUGGUGCACAGUGGCUACAGGCACCAGGUCCCCUCAGUGCAAGUCUUCUCCAGGUCCGAGUCCACCCAGCCCCUGUUAGACUCCGAGGAGCGGCCAGAGGAUCUGCAGUUGGCAGACAACGUGGACAGCAAUGAUGAGAUCUUGCCCAGGCAACAGUAUUUCAAACAGAGCUGUGGUCAGCCGGAAGCCAGCCCAGACAGUUCGCAUUUUGAAAGGUCAAACCAAGUGUCAUCAGGCAGUGAGGAAGAUUUUGUCAGACUGAAACAGCAGCAGGUUUCAGAUCACAUCUCCCAGCCCUGUGGGUCAGAGCAGCAGAGGCUGUUUCAGCAGGGCCCUCCCGCAGGCGCUCUUGGCGCAGGGACUGGCGGCCAAGUAGAGCAGUUUGAAUCGGUUGGAAUGCAGACUCCAAUGGAUGAAGAAAUCCCUAAAAGUUACUUGCCACAGACUGUGAGACAGGGUGGCUACAUGCCGCAGUGACGUUCUGGGUCCUGCAGACCUUCGGCGGGACCUGUAGAGGAAAAAUCAUCUUCCCUCCCUGAAGAUUGUCACUGCCCUUAAGGACAAAGUCCCAACCGGGCCUCUCGGCUGCAGAGUGUCCCGGCCCCUCCUUCUGACACUACAUGAGCUGACCCUGCCCUCGAGAUAGCUGAAGGGCUCCUGCUGUUUAGAUGUCUGCACUGAAGAAAAAGUGCCUGAGAUUUGCAAAGCUUUUGUCACGUAGAAAAGGGAAUUCACAGAGCUGUGGUGUAGUACAGCAGUGCUGGUUUUAAUGACAUCAGUCAUCCAGAUGCCAGGUGCAAAGUUCAAGGCCCUCCUCAGCCAGUAGCAUCAUUGAAAAGGACUGUAGGGCAGAGUGUUCAGACUUUGUCAUCUGGCAAAAUAGUGAGGGUGGGUUCAUUUCUGGUUCUAGCAGUUAGAGAGUGUUCGCUUCCUCCCAGCUGUUUUUAUCAGUGUUGCUAGUUGUUAGAAAAAAAGGAUGAAAUUUAAAAAUGAGCAAUGUAGAUGUUCCCAUUUUCUUAACAUUACCCAGACCUCACAGAAAUCUGGUUAUUAUUGAUAACCUCUUUCAAAACCUGUAGAGGGCGCUGACGGGGCCAGCAAUGAACACUGGAAACUAUGUCAAGCAUUUAAAAAUUGCUGUUUAAGCUGUGUUUUCUGAACACACACAAACACCGGGACAGAUGACCCCGCAGGCUGGAUAAGAAGCACUUUAUACAGCAUGUCUUCAGCUUGAAGCUGUUUUAACUGACUCCACCUUGUUUUAUUUUCAAGAACAGUAAAGAGGUGUUUGUUGAAGGGAACAUUUGCCCCAGCCACAAGCAUCAUCCCAGAGUAAACAGAGAUCUCAGCGACCACCCUGGUGGAGGUCCGUGUUAUACUACGGAGCUGAAGAAGCCUUAAGGGUUUUGUAAAGUUUGCUGGGUGGGAAUUGAACCCAUGGCCUUGCACAUGCUGGACAUUCACUUUACCACUGAGCUACCCACCCACACAUCUCAUUCUGUUUAGGCUCAAGUGAUCCUCCUGUCCCAGCUUCCUGAGGAUCUGGGACUUUGGGUUUGUGCUGCCACACCCAACAAAAGAUGGUAUUUUAAUAUCUGCCAUUUCUGAGGUAGAGUUUUACAUGUGACUUAGGAGUGUCUUAAACCUAGUCCUGGGCGCUCUGUUAAGGAACAGUCCAGGUAUCUGGGGUUUAGUACCAAAGCCGUUAACAUAUUUGUACCUGACUUUCCAGUGUGACAUGGAGGCAGGGGCUAAAGCUAGAAGUGGCCGGUUACCACUAAGUGUGCUCACCGGAAAAGCUCUGGAGUUUCAGAGCAUGCGCACACUGAAAUACUUCUAGCGAUACCAAACAGAAGGCUAAGAAGGAGCGAUACUCAUGGGGUGGGUGUGGCUUCACUUUUUACUCUCAGAUGGUGUUAUAUUAGACUUGCAGAUAUAUAUUAUCAUUUAUAUUUUUAUAAUAGCUAAUACUUUCUGAGUUCUUUCUCAUGUAUAAUCCUCGUGAGACAUAGACAUUUUUGUCCUCAUAUAUUCAGUUGCCCACUUGGCAAAACCGAUCUGAAACUGGGAAAAUGGCAGAAUUGGAAGUAGAUGAAAGUCAGGCUGGGAGAGGUCAGGUGCGGUCAAAGACCAGAGUUCACACUACAUGCGAUGCAUCGCCACCCUUCAGCUAGACAUCAAAGCCUGGUCCGCUCGGGACUAAUUUUCUAUGUAUGUAUGUCAAGAGAUUAACACUUGCUAAAAUUUUCCAUUUUCUCACAGAAGACAGUGUAGUCGGGUUGCUGUGUCCGUGUUUAGCUGUAGACCUUCCUAUCAGAUAGUGGUACUGGGAACUUUGUAGUGUGAGUCUGCACCGGGGCAGGGGCAGGUACCCAGUGUUGAGUUCAUGAAUGAGCGUGAGAGACCAUGAAGGGGGGGGCUCACUAAAACAAGUUUCCAUGUCGACUCCCAUUCAGAAAACGUCCCAGUGAGCCAGUGCCCCCACCAAUGGAGAUGGUUGUGUGGAGCCGCGUGAAGACUCGUUCAAGGAGUAUAUAAUGGAUCAGUUUUGUCCUCAGAGAGAAAAACCAAUCAUGAACUCCGUCUUAAAUACAGACUUUUCUAUAGCAUGUUCUAGAAUAAUCUGGAUGCAUGUGUUUUAGGUAGGCAAAGAAACUAAUCUGGCUUCUUUAUGUAAAACCAAUGUAAUAAAGCUAGUUGUGUAGUU